GAAAGUCUAGUAUGAUCCAAAGGUAUUGCAACGGUACGUUCACGAAAGAUUACAAGAAAACAAUAGGAGUCGACUUUCUGGAAAGGCAGAUAGAACGGAGAAGAGGUGCGGCUCAUGCUGUGGGACACCGCGGGCCAGGAGGAGUUCGACGCCAUCACCAAGGCGUACUACCGGGGCGCCCAGGCGUGCGUGCUUGCCUUCUCCACCACCGACAGAGACUCCUUUGAGGCCGCGCACUCGUGGAAGCUGAAGGUUGAAAACGAGUGCGGUGAAAUUCCAACUGUGAUCGUACAAAAUAAAAUAGAUCUUAUGGAACAAAGUGUUGUUAAUCCAGAAGAGGCUGACUUGCUGGCCCGUGCCCUAGGCUGCCGUCUGCUGCGGACGUCCGUCAAAGAGGAUGUGAACGUGGCGGCCGUCUUCAGGCACUUGGCAGCAAGAUGCCUGGCAGAUCUUCGGGAUCCACGAGACUGUGACUACUUCACAUCGCCCACGCCUCACCAUCCCAAUUCCCUCACCAUUAGUGCCUUUAGCCCUAGUCAUUCUUCCAAAAACCACAACGGAACAAUAGUUUUGAGACCUAACAAACACAAAAAGAAGAAAAACGUUUUAAAAAAUGCCUGUAGAAUUUUAUGAAAUAUGGUUAUUUUAUUUUGUGUGGAAAUAUAUGUAAAGACUGUGUAUAAUAUAUUAAUAACUGUAUAAGUAUA